AUGUUCUCCAAGGCUACCGCUCUUAUCCUCGCCGUCGCGGCCCAGUCCGCCCUUGCCAAGCUCUACGUCGUCGCUCCCGUCGCCAGCACCACCUGGGCUGUCGGCACGGACGUGACCGUCCAGUGGCAGGACGACGGCUCGUCUCCCAGCCUCGCUGAGAUGGGCGUCAGCUCUCUCGGUGUCUACGCUGGUAACUCGAUCGAGCAGACGCUCCUGCAGCAAGUUGGCACUCUGGACGUGUCCGUCAACAACUCAAUCACCUUCAAGAUCAACAGCGACAUCGGUCCUAACAACCAGGCUGUCUACUUCAUGCGCUUCUCGUCCGAGACCCUCAAGGAUUCUACCAACACAGCUUACCCCGCACAGGCCUUCUCAGCCAUGUUCGCCGUCUCUGGUUCGACUGGCACCUUCAACUCGACCGUUGAGGCGCAGGUUCAGGGCGCCUCGUCCGCGAGCGGCUCUACUGCCGCUAGUGCCACGGCUGGUGCAUCUUCCGUUGCUGCCGUUGUCGCCAAGUCAUCUUCGGCCGCAUCUAGCGUAAAGGCCACCGCCACUGCUCAGGCCGCUGUCGCCGCCAACUCCACCACCGCAAGCGGCGCUUCUUCGCGCUUCUACCUCCCCACGGCUGGUGCCUUCGUCGCCGCCGGUGCCCUCUCCGCCUUCGUUCUCUAA